AUGUCGGCUAAAUCAUAUUUGAUGCUAGCCGCUGCGCUAUUCUCUUCCGUGUUCGUAUCUCCUGUCGCCGCUCAGUUAUACACCGAUUGCGAUCCCAUGAAGAAGACCUGCCCGCCAGACCCAGCUCUCGGGACAAUGCAUAUGUUCAAUUUCAAUGCUACGCCACCGGAACAUGUGUUCAAUUUGACUGCCGGAGCUGUCGACUACAACCCUGAUACAGGGGCUGCCUUCACGAUGCGCAAGAAAGGCGAAUCGGUAACCCUAACCUCGAAUUUCUAUUUCUUCUUUGGAAAAACAGAAGUGCUAUUGAAAGCAGCAUCCGGUACUGGUGUGAUCAGCUCCAUUGUUUGGUCUUCCGAUGUUCUCGACGAGGUCGAUUGGGAAUUCAAGGGAGGAAAUGCAACCCAUGCGUUUUCUAACUACUUUGGAAAAGGAAUGCAGGACUGGAAAAACGGAGGAGAUCAUCCUGUCAAUGGCGGAGUGCUAGACGAUUAUCACAACUACACUUGCGUGUGGACAAAGGAAAAAUUAGAGUGGUGGCUAGACGGUGGGCUCAUCCGUACGUUGUUGCCCAAGGAUGCCAAUAACACAUUAACCUACCCCCAAACGCCGAUGAAGCUCAGUCUCGGUAUCUGGGCCGGUGGUGAUCCGGACGCACCGAAGGGAGUUAUUGAAUGGGCUGGUGGAGUUACGGAUUACUCCGAACCGCACACGAUGUACGUGAAGAGUGCUCUUGUCGAAGACUACUCCUCCGGUAAGGAAUAUUCCUACAGCGACCAUAGUGGGACCUGGGAGAGCAUUAAAAUAGCGAGCGGAAACUCCACGGCGUUUGAGAAUAUUAACAAGGAACCAGAGAAGUCACUUUCUGAUAAAUGGAAUGAUCUUCCUUCUAGCACCAAAUCCGGCGUUUAUGCCGCUGCAGGUGGAGUUGGCGCUAUUCUUCUGGCUGCUUUGAUCUUCUAUUAUUUCAAGCAGAGACGUCGUGGUCAGCAAGAGGCUGCUCUUGCGGCUCAGCGACUUGAACAAGACCGUGUAGAGUUGGAGAGGUUCAAGAAGGAAGGGAGAGAUCCUGACGCGCUCGCUUUCGAUGGGGCCGAGUACAACUCCAAGAGCGGAAUGGCUAGUACGGCUUAUGGCAUAUCGGAUUCGCCUCCGGGAAGCUCUGCCGGCCCACCAGAGAAAGCUUGGGAUCCGACAGGCUCAAGUGGUGCCGCCAUGCCGCUACUUCGCGACGAUACGAUGGGCACUUACAGAGAUAGUCCAGGUUCAGGCCCAACUCCUCAAAUUCCGGCCCCAACUUCUACAUCUCCGAUCAACCGCGGUUUCUCACCCUCCAACGGACCUGGCCAAUUGGGGUCUCCGGGACCCCAAGGCAACCCGUACGGAGCUUACGGAGGAUCUCGAUGA